CUUUCUGGAACUUCACAAAAUCUUCCUCUAUGAUCCUGAAAGCAACAAUCUGAAAACCAAGUUUCAUCAUGGCAAUGCUGAGAAGUCUUCUGCUUCUUUUCAUUGUGUUCUCUGUGGGGAACACAGAAGUUAAAAAAUGUCCCCAUGGAUGGACAAAUUUUGGAGUCCGAUGCUACAAGUUCUUCUCUCAGGCAGUCAACUGGGUCACAGCAGAGAGGAAAUGCCAAAGUCUGGAUGCAAAUCUCGCAUCUGUACAAAGCAAAAUAGAACAGGAUUUUCUCCUGAGUCUGUUGCCUUCUUCUUCCACACACUGUUGGUUUGGUUCUCAUGAUGGUGAACAAGAAGGACAGUGGUUGUGGACUGAUGGUUCUCCGUUUGACUUCACCUACUGGGCCCCUGGACAACCUGACAAUAAGAAUAGUGAGAACUGUGGGGAGCUCAGCUACAACUAUGGAACGUCCGAUAACCGUUGGAACGAUGCAAACUGUUUAACCGAACAUGGUUAUGUUUGUGCUAAAUACCUGUGAGAUCACAUGCAGUCAUCCUGCUCCAUGGUUACUUUGAUUGU